AUGGUCAAUUGCUCAACUACAAAGGAGGUUUCAACUUUCAAGACAAGAAAACAUAUUUUUUUGUUAAUUUCAAUGAACCAUUCAAUGGUUGCUCCAAAAACAUUCGUUAUCAAGCUGUAUAUCCACUGCAAGGGAUGUGAGAGAAAGCUGAAAAGACUGCUGCAAAACAUUCCUGGAGUUGAUUCAAUUGCCAUAGAUGCAAAGCAAGGAACAAUGACUGUUUCAGGCACUGUAGAUCCUCAAACAGUUAUAACAACACUUGGGAAGGUCGGAAAAAUGGCAGAGCUCUUGUUGGAGCAAAGCCCUCCUACCGCGAAUAACCGGAAUUUGCAGAUUCUUCCAAGAUCCGAAGUGGAUGAUCAAGUUGAUGGCCAACACAUGGUGGAUCAUGAGUUGCAACAAUUGAAAGGAAUUAAAGGCUUGAAACAUGUGGAGCUGACCUAUAAAGUCGUAAAACUGACUUUCAAGGAUGAUUCAAGUUGUGGAAAUGAGAGACAUGCAGAGGUUGUUGGCCGGGAUGAUGUUUAUAGGCGGCGAAUGAGCCCUAGUGGCAGACUUGGUGGUGGUGGCGAUCGUGGUGGUGGUUCAGGUACUCCAUGUUGUCAUGGUAUGAACAACAUUCAUGACCACCUUCCCUGCUGUCAAAUUGAUACUUCUUAUUGUGUUGAACAUUCAAACGCUGGUGUUAUGCCUGACCAUGAGGUUAAUGAGUACUACUGGCUACAACCGGCAUGGCAGUGCAGUCCUCCACCAGGGCCACCACUGCCGUGGACAAGGGACAGUCCGUCAGCGCCACCGCUAGCAUCCAUUUAUGAUCCAAUAGCACCUCCACCUCCACCUCCACCUCCACCUCCAAUGGAUUACACAUACUCAAGCAUAUUUAUGGAUGAGAAUACAAACAGUUGCAAGUUGAUGUGA